AUGACGCUCAGAAGCCCCAGUGACCGAGCACUGCAAGGAGCCAGGAGGCAGGAUCCGGUUCAGAGUUCCCCGCUCCUCUGCUCGUCCUUGAGUUCCCCUUGUCCUCUCACAGCCUGCGGGCGGCCUCACGUGUCAAGUCUCAUCGUGGGGGGCCGGGACACCCAGGACGGAAGGAGGCAGGCGAGCAUCCAGCACCGCAGGGCACAUGUGUGUGUGGGCUCUCAUGCCCCCCAGUGGGUGCUGACGGCAGCACACCGCUUCCUGAGGAGGGCGCUGCCAUCUGAGUACCGCGUGCGCCUCGGGGCACUGCACCUGGGUCCCGCCUUGCCCCAUGUUCUCUUGGUGCCCGUGCGGAGGGUGCUGCUGCCUCCGGACUACUCAGAGGACGGGGCCGGAGGAGACCUGGCGUUGCUUCAGCUUUGCCGCCCAGUGCCCUUGAGCACAUGAGUCCAGCCCAUCUGCCUGCCUGAGCCUGGGGCUUGCCCACCACCAGGCACACCGUGCUGGGUCACUGGCUAGGGCAGCCUCCACUCAGGAGUGCCACUCCCAGAGUGGCGACCUCUGCAGGGAGUAAGGGUGCCACUGCUGGAUACUCGCACCUGUGACCUCCUCUACCACAUGGGCACCAACGUGCCUCGUGCCGAGCACAUAGUGCUGCCAGGGAACCUGUGCACCGGCUAUGUCGAGGGCCAGAAGGAUGCCUGCCAGGGUGACUCUGGAGGACCCCUGACCUGCAUGAAAUCUGGGCGCUGGGUCCUAGUGGGUGUGGUGAGCUGGGGCAAGGGCUGUGCCCUGCCCAACCGUCCAGGUGUCUAUACCAAUGUGGCCACUUACAGCCCUUGGAUUCAGGCUCGCCUCAGCCUCUGA